AUGAUCCUCGAAAAAGGUCCACAAGAUUUACAGAAGGCUUUUGAUGAGGCAUUAAACAAUGAAUUGGGACCAUCAUUUCAUAAGCGCAUUAUAAUCUGGUCGGGAUGUGGUGGAUUAUUCCCAAAAGAGAUUCGUGGAUAUUCGGUAGAUGUUGUCGAGGCUUGUGUUGCAACUCCCUAUGGUUUUAGUGCGAGUUAUUGUAAAGUUUAUCAGGAGAAUGUUAUGCUGUCCGUGGGAUGUGCAGCAAGUUUCCUCCAAGAUGCAUCAAAGGACUUUGGUGUUGAUGCUGCAUUUUGUGAUUUUACAAACAAAGUCGUACAUUAUGUCCAAAUGAAUAUGCAAUUUCUUCAUAUAGGAAGGACAACAGGACUUUCUUAUGGAAAAUUGGUUCCCAUUGAUUCUGCUAUUUGCGUUGAUAUCAAGGAUCUCAGGGACCUUGAUUUUACAAACGAAAGAACUUAUAUCUACGCUAUUUCUUCUCCUUAUUUUGCAGUAUUUGAGGCAUUGGAUGUAGAAUUCGAGAAAUCGUCAA